AUGGCGUGGCAGCAGCAGCAGCAGCAGCAACAACAGCAGCAGCAGCAGCAACAACAGCAGCAGCAGCAGCAACAGCAGCAGCAGCAGCAGCAGCAGCAGCAACCAUUUUUUCACGUUAGGACGGAGCUGCCACUCGUUACAGGUGCAACGCAAUGGGUGUCAAUCGAGUUCGAUGAGCCACCGGGCUUCGACUCCCAUCGUGGGAUCGUCGAUCCCACGCUUAGGAUCGUCGAUCCCAGUCAUGGGAUCGUCGAUCCCGGUGUUGGGAUCGUCGAUCCCAGACCUGGAAAUAUCGAUCCCAAUACUGGGAUCGUCGAUCCCAAUACUGGGAUCGUCGAUCCCAACGAUCCUGAUGCUUAUGGACCCCCAUUCCUCUGCUGCUGGGAAAAAGAAGACUCUCCUCUCCCUCUCUUCUCUAUUCCCCUAAAGGGAGCAAGAGUUGUUAAUAAUAUUACUGAAUUGGGGUAA